AUGAAAUACUCGUCCGCCUCGACUGUAGUAGCGCUGCUCACACUCGCCUCGACAGCAGCCGCACACUUUACGCUCGACUACCCGCUCACCCGCGGAUUCAACGAGGAUAUCGAAAAUGACAAUUUCUGCGGUGGAUUUCCUAACCCUCUCACUCCACGUCAGCCCUGGUACUACAAGAACGGACCGGUCGCCAUCGAUUCGCACCACGAUUCCGCCACCGUCAACAUCUACAUCUCGUACGACGUCCCCACCUCGGCCCAAUCUUUUCUUAACACCACUAGUGGUGUCCCCAUCCCACCCCUGAGGAACGAUGUUUCCAUCACAGGACGCGGCAAGUUCUGCUUCCACGCCAAUGCCACCGGCGUAGAGGGAGUUAAGGCGGAAGAUGGACAAUUUGCCACCAUUAUGGUCGAGUACAUCAACAACAACCAUGGACGUCUGUACCAGUGCUCGGAUGUGGUUUUCACCGAUGAUGCGAGCGUUGGAUCAAACAUCACUUGCACCGACUCGCUCGUGGCUGCAGGUGCAGGUGCCAAUGCAACCUCGACCGCUAAUUCCACGUCGACACCAGCACCAGCUUCAAGCGCUUCUGCGACCCCUCGUUCCGGCAGCAACGGCGUGAUGGCAACCUCGAUCCCGAUGCUUGGAUUCGCACUGGUGCCCGCAUUGCUCGCUGGGGCUGUAUCCUUGAUUUGA